GAUUCUGCCGCCAUGGAAUGCCAAGAAGUCCGGCAACAUUUCCUUCAAAUUCCGCACAAACGAAGCUAAUGGACUGAUUUUGUUUAAUGGAGGUAUCCGACCUCCCAGGGUGGACCUCUUUGCUGUUGAGAUUUACAACGGGCACAUCUAUGUUCAUCUCGAUCUUGGAUCAGGUCCUUGGAAGCAAAGAGGUUCACGAAGAAGAAUCGACGAUGGAAACUGGCAUGAAGUUAUCUUCAGAAGAACCGGGAGAGAGUCAAGAAUAACGGUUGAUGGGUUUCACACUGAUUUCAAAACAGUGGAAUUCUCCAUUUUGGAGUAGGGAUACACUCUGCACGUCGACUGUGAUACG